UCUUAACUUUAAUACCUCUCUUAAAAUCAACAGGUUCUGAAAAGGCUCGAAGGUUUUUUAAAAUUAAUAUACUUAAAUGAGGAGUGGAGACAGGAAGGAGACGCGGUGAGAAGAGAAAGAGAAGAGAAGGGUGAUUUAAGUGAGUCAUCUUGCGUAGUAAAACAGACAAAAAGAAACUGAAUAAAUAAAGGAAUGGAAGACAUAUGAUGGGUGGAGGCAGUAAGUCUUGAGUGAUGGGGAAAGGUGAAAGAAAGACAAGCAGAUGAGAAGAAACAGUUGGGGGUGGUGGUGGUAGUGGUGGUGAUAAGUUAAGGGCAGGGCGCUUCCUCUCAGCCUGGACAGGAAGGGGCGAGACAGUCCUAAAGGAAGCCGAGUGUUGUAUUACUACUGUGUGUUGAGACUCCAGUGAAUACAAAUCUAAUCAAGCACACACACCAAGAUGGCCGAGGGGGAGACGGAAGAGCAGGAGACCCUGAUCCGUGCUGACGACCUGCAGGAGCUGAGCGUUGGAGGGGGUGGAGGGGGUGGCGGGGGCGGGGGAGGGGCUACUGCCACAAUGCCACCCCUCCCCUCCCUCCUGCAGCAGCCACCGCCCCCCUGGCACUUGCCCCUGCACUGUGCCGCAUUGGUGCUGGUCUCUGCCGCGCUGGUCAUCAUGCUGCCUGUGUAUCUUGAGUCCAUCAAUGGUGCGGGUGACGCAUACUCCGGCCUGCUGUUCCUGUCGCUGUUCACGGCCGCUCCCAUCGUGCUGUGUGUGCAGGUGCGCUACAGCUACUUCUGCCAGGUGGGGAGGCUCGGCCCGCCCUCCCCUGCCCGUGUGGUGAGGCUGGGGGCCAUCCACGGCCUGGCCACCCUCAUGACGGUGUACGCACUGGACCGGCGGCGGGUGGUGUGUCAUGCCCAGGAGCCGCUCAUGGGCCUGGUGGUGAUGUACAUGAUCAUCAUUUACUUCUUCUACCGUGGCCCAGAGCUGAGUUCCGCCAAGAUGUUCUCCCUGUGUGGCGUCCUCAGCGGUCUCUUCCUGGCGGUGGACUUCCAGCUCAACAACAAGUUCCGUUGCCGCGGGUCGGACCGGGCUGGGGACGGGCCAGCGGAGGAGGGGCCCAAGUGGGGAAUGGAGGCACACUCACUGUGGACCAUUGUGUACGCUGUGGCCCUCUUCCUCUUCACCCUGGCCUGGCUCAUGCUGGAGAGGGAGGUGCUCUCAAAGAAGGGUAUGGACACAGGACGGCGCCUGAUCACCACUGUGUCAGGGGCGCCAGGUGGGGGUGGCGAGGACACAGAGGCCCUGGUGGUGGUGGCCAAUGGUGGUGGUGGUAGUGGGGUGCUGGCCCUCCCCACUGCGGUUCCCAAUGCCAAGUGGGAGCUGUACAUGGUGUGGUUCUCCCUCGCCUCCCUUGUGGCCACCCUUGCCCUUCUCUGGACUGACUUCUUCACCACUCUUGGCAAGGCUGGCUCCCCUUCAGAGUUUGCCCGACUGGCUGCUGGAGGGUGGAGGUGCCACUUCCACUGGGGGGGUGAGUGUGGCCCCACAGCGCUGUAUGGCUGGCUAAUGGCGGCCCUGCAUGUGAUCUUCCUGUGGCUGCUGGGGAAGGUGAUGACCGCAGCACAGUCCAUGGUGUUUGCCCUGGCCACAACUGCCCUUGCCCUGCCCAUACAAGCAGCCUGGUGGUCUCUCUUCACCAUGGGAGGGCCCUUGGGCAUGGUGUGGCAUCCCGUGAUCACUGGAGAGCUCAUCUUUAGCCUGCUGGGGACACCUGUCAUGGUGGCCUGCCUCUGCUUCUGGUGCCACGUGGAUGCUAAGAACUCCCACCGCACCAACAGCCUGCUCCUCACCUAGGCCUGGCGGGGGUAGAGGGUGCCAGGCCUACUGCUCUGAUAGGGGGAGGAAAUAGUGGUUGUGUGGCUGUCUAUUGUGUGUGUGUGUGUGUAUAUGUGUGUGUCUGAGAGAUGUCUUAAUGAUCACAUGCAUGAUUCAUGAUUGCCGACUAUUUCCCUCCCAGUGAGAAAUUUGAGUGCUCGUGUACCUAGUUUGAUCUCCAGGCAAGGCAGUGAGGUACAGACCCUUCACACUUUUCACGCUCUUCACACACCAAGUCCUUUCAUUCAAGGACAGUAUCUUCUUGUGACUACUUGCCACUGAGUGAGAGAAAGAGAGAACGGUGGCAAUGUGAGUGUGUGACUUGAAUCUCGUCCUGACAAUUGACAGGAAAGAAUGGAACCACUGAGUUUAUGAGAGACUUAGGACCUAUUUUAUUGCUUGUGAGAGAGAGAGAGAGAGAGAGAGAGAGAGAGAGAGAGAGAGAGAGAGAGAGAGAGAGAGAGAGAGAGAGAGAGAGAGAGAGAGAGAGAGAGAGAGAGAGAGAGCAUUAUACAUGUUUUAGGCUACUUAGGUUCAUGAGGCGUUCAGAGUAGCAGUGAGGAUCUGUGGGCACUGAAGGGGAAAGAGAAAGAACAAGGGAGUGGAGUGUCUGUUGAGUGCCAAUCAUUGCCUUGCCUUACUUUGAGUUCACUGACAUUAUUUCUGGCAGUGUAGAGACAAGUGUUCAUCCUCAGGCAACAUAUGGGUGAUAAAAAGACACAUGUUAGGCCAGUUGAGUUUGGUGAGUUUGGUCUCUAACAAGGCAGUACAGGGUGGAAUGAAAUGGUCAGCCAGCAGCCAGACAUUAAGGUAGUUACUGAGGGUUUUCUAGCAGGACUGGAAGAUUGAUUGCACCUUCUUCACUACCAAAAGGAUACUGAAAUAUGCAACAGAACUCCCUCUACAUUUCCUCCUUCCUAUGACCUCAACUCUUUCAAGAGGGAAGUUUCAAGACACUUAUCCUUCAGUUAUGGAUGAUCCUUUUGACCUUUCUUAUGGGACUAGAACCUCAGUGAAUCUUUUUUUUUUUUUUAGGCCAGUGCCCCUCAAAAAAAAAAGGAAAAGAAAGAAAAAGAAAAGUAACAGACCAUAGAUUAGUUACUGAUUAAUUCCAGUUGCACUAGAAAGCAUUGAUAAGACAGCUGGAUCUAAAAAAUGACAGUGGAGCAUAAGUAGUUCCUGAGUAUCAGUGAGAGGCAUGCAGUGGUUAGCUUGCCUGCACUCACCCCACCCCUCCUGGCACCUGACUGUGUGAUGGGAAGUCCUGGGGUGUGCUGUCACUGCCCACCAUCCACAACUAGACUCAGGUGACACUGCAAUUCUAUCUUCAGUGUGCCAAACCUUGAAUCUCACCCUUAGCCAAUCUAGACUCAAGCAGGUGGAUGUAAGUCACUUGAUGCCUCUGUGGUGAAUUAACACUGCUUGAGAUAAAUUUGUACACUCCAAGUGCACCUCAAUUUACAAGUGAUGUGUCCCUUAAAAACGCAUUCUUUGAUUGCAAAGUUGGAAACCAGUAUUAGCUGUAGAUUGUAAUUUUUUUUUUCCAUUCAUUACAUAUUUUUGUAUUUUGAGAUAAUGUUUUGAGAUUUUCAUAAGUAGCAAACUUCUGUACUCAUAAAGUAGGGCAAAGAACAAAGUUAGGUACCUACUCUGUUAAAAUUACCUUGCUUGCAUACACGUAAAUGUUACAAAUAUAACGACAACUUCACUCACAAAUUAAAACCUCCAGUCAGUCAUUCAUAAAAGAAAUUAUUUCAAUACACCAAAGUUGCACACAGGUAGUCAGUUAACCAGUUAGUCUGUCAGUCAUUCCAUCAGCUGAUCAGUCAUUCAGUCACUAAUUUCUCUAACUUAAUGCUAGGCAACUGGUGACUGUGCACCUAUGAACAUGGCACAGUCAGGAAGCCAGUCAGCCAAGCAGCAAGCCAGUCAGUCACUCAGUUGCUAGUCUCAGGAGCCAAAGAGAAGCACCGCUGAUCCAAACCACACUAAAAUCUCUCUCCAGCCAAGGGAAAACACUAUUAUGCCUGUGUGUGUGUGUGUGUGUGUGUGUGUGUGUGUGUGCUUUGCUGUGUUCAUCUUGCUUUUCUAGUCUAGUCUGCACUUCAGAAUCAAGCCCAAAGCAGUGUUCAGUUGUGCUAUUAUACAAUCCAUGACUCAGGAUGUGUAUGUGUGAGUGUGUGUGUGUGUGUGUGUGUGCAUGCGUGCCUAUGCGUAUAUGUGCAUGUGUCAGCCUCACAGAAAACCCACUCGUAUAACUUACUGUCUCACUUGCUGUCAGUCACUAAAGGGGGUGAUGAUAAGAAAACAGGCACCCUCUUACUCAACUGUGAAUCUCAAUAGUGAAUCUCAUAUAUAGGACACAUUGGGGAGUGAGGGGAAGUGUGCUGAUAAUGAAAGCAACACUGGUAAUAUAGAGGCUGAAAGAGGGCAGAAUAGAUAGAUAAACAGACAGACAAAUAAGCUUUACUGGAGCUUUAUAGAAUAGAUGGAACAGACAGAUGGAUGACUAAAUAGAAAAGGAGAGCAGAGGACUUGGAUGAUACCUUUCUCCUUGCAACAGAAUGGAAAUGGCUGAUGAUGAUGGUGAUGAGGGAGUGAGAUGAUAAUAAUAAUGAAGUGAGAAGAGAAGGAUGAUAAUGAUGAUGAAGUGCGAUGAUAAUAAUAAUGAUGAAGUGAGGAGAGGAUGGUGAUAGUGAUGAGAGAGUGAGAAGAGGAGGAAGAUGAUGUUAAUGAAGGGAUGAGAAAAAGAUGGUGGUGAUAAUAAUGGAAAGCGAAGAGGAGGAUGGUGAUAAUGAUAGAGAGAAGAGAAUGAUGAUAAUGAUGGAGAAAGAGAAGAAGAGGAUGAUGAUAAUGAUAGAGAGAAGAGGAUGGUGAUAAUGAUGAAGUGAGAAGAGAAGGAUAUGUAGCAGGUGAUGACAAUGAUAAGAGUGAAAAGAAGAGGACAUGUGCCAAAUUAAGAUGCUUUUCUGUUUAUCGCUUGCUAGUUGAAAUUAUAUCAGAAGGUUUUGGUUUAUUUCUAAUCACUAGUGAAGCUGUAGGCAUUGAAACCUGUCUUCCCCAGUGUGUCUCAAUCAGAAGGUCUAAUGUAAAGUGUCUCUGCAUCACAUGGAAUAUUUUUUCAGCCGCUUGCAUCAUCCGUGCCAGACUUACUUGUAUUUCCUAAGCAUUCCAGGAAGGUGAAGUCCACUUAAGAGAUGGUGAAGCCUCUACCAUCAGCCUCUGUGUGUGUGUGUGUGUGUGUGUGUGUGUGUGUGUAGCUACAACAUGUAUUCUCAGUGGCUUAAAUUGUGUACAUGUGUGUGUAUGUAAUCUUGAGUGUGUGUGCUGGUGGCUAUAUGAAGUGUUGUCACGCUGUCUGGUGGGGUUUGUUCAGCACCUGCAUAGUGGAUCAUGGCAACCCCUUUACCAUGGUUAAGGCUGUGAUUGGCUUUAUCACUUUGUAUUUCAAUGCUCUAUUGAAACCUUCUGAUAGAGAAUUGACCUUUCCAUUCACUUUCAGUCAAGUUAUUCUCUGCACUAAGGGAUAUUAACAAAUAUGAUUAUUAGGGAAACUCCACAGUAAGGUGGCUAAAAACAAAUAUUUUUUAAAAGUUCAAAAGCCUUUUGUUCAUAAGAAAAAAUAAUAUGAGAGACAAACAUCAGCUUGAUAAUGGCAUCAACUGCCAUGCUCAACUGGUGAGACAUGAUACAAUAUUACUAUUUUUUUUUCUUCAAUCCCAAACAUCAGCUUGAUAAUGGCAUCAACUGCCAUGCUCAACUGGUGAGACAUGAUACAAUAUUACUAUUUCUUUUUCUUCAAUCCCUAAAGGACCAGGGACACUGAUCAACAUCUUUGCUAAAUUAAAGCCAAAUUAUUCUAUUUUCUGUCUGAUUUGCUAGCCUGGGCUACAACUACGCUGAUUUCGAGUCAGACAUCAAGGGUUGUCAGUCUACAGCUAGCCUCCAUCAUGGCCAGUUCCCAGGAACAUGAUUUCACGGGUCCAAUUUGGCUCACUCACCCCUGCAUUUCCUUACCUCCACUCCCCAUGCUCAUGCCAUGCUAACCACACUAUCAGCCACUGUAAUGCACAGAGACAGAGAAAAUGCCUGAGUAGAGGAUGUAAGGAAAAUCGUGGAGCACCUGUUUUCUUUUUCCCCAAGCCACGGCUGGGGUGAGCUGAUCAGGCGUGUGGGCUGAGCCAUGCUCAGCAUACACUGACACCAUCUCAUUCAACUCAUGAUAUCUCUGUAACCAUGGCACCUACAGACACCCUCAUGAGGCCAUUCAAAAGAGGAGUUAAUUGUGGGGUGAGUACUGUUUUUUUUUUUCACUCAUUCAUUGUAUGUUAAAAGUAAUAAGCAUGCUAAAACAAGCUACUUUACAUGUUUUGAGCUCUACCUGUGGUCCUGGCAGUAGUCAAAUUAACCCCUCCCCCACACCCGGUCCUUUAGGAGUUAAUAAUCACCUACAAUUUUUAUGUUUUUAAUCUAUCCAGUUUCUCAUGAAGCAUAUAAAUAAGGAUAAAUAACUGUGUGCUUGGCAUCUCAUCUCUAGGGAUUUACUGGUGACAGUCAGUCAGGUUAGGUCACACAUUCACUAUCACAUUUCUAAAAUUUACCUACAUUUCAGUUAAAUUAUUUUAAGAUAUUGUACUAUGUUAUUAUUUCUUUACAUCCGAAUAGUUCAAGGAAUGCACACACAUACAUACAUACAUCACUGUAUCACUACAAGCACCAGUGUGGUGUGUAGUUGUAGCUGCCAGGGGCCACCAGUGGGUGAAGCUUUCUGACAAGAGUGACAACACUUUGUACAGCUGCCUGCACCGUACAUGUAAAGGUGUACCCAGUGUGCACUCAUAUAAGUGUGCUUAAGUGUACAUGUAGAUGCAGCAGUGAAGUGUGGCAGCCACAGACGGGCCUCCCACGGUGCUGCUUCACCAAGGGUGUGGUGAGGAGUGCCUCUGAGGACACAACAUAGGGCUCUGCAUCCAUGACUCCAUCAGAUGUACUGUGACUCUCUAUAGCACAGGACAAUCAUGAUAUACAAUUUGGCUGCACUCAUAAGGCAAAGUCAACUGUGGAUUUUCCAUUUUUUUCAAUUUCCACUUUUCAAAAUUUCUUUGUUUAUAAACUGCAAUCAAAAUUUAAAGUGGACAGCAGAGGCUUUGUUAAACCGUAUAGCAAAUCCUUUAGAGUGUGCUGGGUGUGUUGUGCUGGUGUGUGUGUGUGUGUGUGUGUGUGUGUGUGUGUGUGUGUGUGUGUGUGUGUGUGUGUGUGUGUGUGUGUGUGGCAGCCUUCCUGGCUGUGUUUGCCCACCACACUCUGCAUCAUGAGUGUACAGCUUUGUGCAACCAUUUAUAUAAAUAUGCAAUGUUGUGUGCUAUUCAUUAUUUAUUAACACACAAAGAUGAGUUUGACUUGAUGGAAAAAACAUAUGAGCAUUAUACCUGUGGAUGAAUUAAUGAAUAAUAUGCAGAAAUGCUGUAACAAGUGAAUAAUAGUACAUAUUCUUGUAAUUACUCGUAUUUCUGCUGUCACACCCUGGUGGGCACCAACAUCAGGAAUACACAAGUGCAAUACUCACACAUCACUACACACUGAAUGUGCUGUAGUGAUGAUCAAAUGUUUGACACAAAGAAAAUGCUGCACUCAGUAAUACACAAUCCAGGACUGUAAGUGGCAGUCCUGGCCACCACUUGCACUGUGCUGGCAUGCGUGUGUGUGUGUGUGUGUGUGUGUGUGUGUGUGUGUGUGUGUGUGUGUGUGUGUGUGUGUGUGUGUGUGUGUGUGUGUGUGUGUGUGUGUGUGUGUGUGUGUGUGUGUCACUGAGAUUACCCCAUGUGAGGCCCAGCACGGCAGGGCGGCAGGGGUCAAACAUAUCGUUGAGGCAAGUGUAAUGUUAAUAUAAUAAAAACAUGUACUUGA